AUAACCUUAUUAUUCUAUUCCGAAAAGUUGAUAAAUAAAAAUUUUCAUGAGCUAAUAUUAUAAAUAAAAUGCGAGUGUCUUGAAUAAUUUUAUUGCCAAGUACUUACUAGAAAAUUAAUUUUAAUAGUUAUAUAAAAUGUUUCCGGCUUAUAUGCAUUUAUCAGCAUAUGAUAGACAUAAGAAAAUAAUAAAUGAUUAUUUCCAACUGAGAGGAGGAUCUGCACUCAAUCUCAAACGAGAUACGUCUCGGGACAAGACGGACUAUGAUGUUAUCAAGGAGAACCACAAAUUUCUUUGGGAUGAGGAUAAGGACAUUCCAGACACUUGGGAAGCUCGGCUUGCUAAGAAGUAUUAUGAUAAAUUGUUUAAGGAAUACUGCAUUUGUGACCUGACUUACUACAAAUAUAACAAAGUAGCUCUACGAUGGAGAACAGAAAAGGAAGUAGUUGUUGGAAAAGGCCAGUUCGAAUGCGGCAAUAAGAAAUGCCCAAUUAAAGAUGAUCUCCGGUCUUGGGAAAUAAAUUUUGCGUAUGAAGAGCAAGGAGAAAAGAAAAAUGCUCUUGUUAAAUUGAGAUUAUGUCCUCAAUGCUCAAUAAAAUUGAACUAUAAAUCGCAGAAACGUGAAAUCAAAAGAAAUAAAGCCUUGAAACGAUUAGGAGUAACCUCAGAUCAAUCCCAUCCAAGUGCUUCGAGCUCUACAGACAUUUCGGAAGUGACAGUCAAAGAAGAAAAACAUGAAGCCAAUGAAGAAGAUAAAGACCGUCAAGGAGAAUUAACAGAAGAUAAUAAAAUAAAAGAAUCAGAAAUUUGGAAGAAAAAACCAGAAGAAGGUAUUGAAAAAUCUCGAGAAGAAGAGUUUGAAGAAUAUUUAGCUGAUCUUUUAUUGUAAAUAAUCAUUCUUUAUUACAAAAUAAAAUGAAGUUAUAAUAUUUGAUAUUAAAGCAACA